AUGCUACCAUCACUGUUUGAUAAAAUUACUGCAAGGAACCUUUCAUCGAAGGACAAGUCAAUUGUCCUUGUUGUUUCUCCUUUGAAUGCCUUAAUUGAUGACCAAAUAAAUAAACUUAAAUCAGCUGGUGUCAAUUGUACAGAAUUGCGUGUUUGUGGUGACGAGGUCGAUGGCGCAUUUGAAGAAAAAAUUCGGGUUGUUCCUCAUAUACCGAGAGCUGAAGACCUUCAAGCUGGAAAGUUUGAAUUUUUACACACCCCGAGGUAACAGUAAGCAACAGGCAAUGUAGAGACCUUUUUUUGUCUGCUUACUACCAGAGAAAUGUUAGGGCUGUGGUGGUUGAUGAAGCACAUUGCAUCAUUGAGUGGUAAAUUAUGAUUAUCAUUACUUUUUGUUGUUGUUUUUCUCUGUUUCAUCAUGUUGUUAAUACUUUUAAGGUUAUAAGCAUAAAGUUAGUUUUGAAGUCAGUCAACCCUAGGUGCUGCUUUAUGAAGAUUUCACAAAGUUUAUGAUUUCAAUGUUCUCACACCGGAAUCCAGACUCCAAAAUUUGAACUAUACAAUGAAACUCAAACGUUAUCACCUGUAUUUACUUUGCAAGGACACAAUGAGCUGUUUCUAUUCUUAGCAUUGCAGUAAUAAUAUUUAUUGCCUUAUGCAAUGUACAUGCAAGAUCAACUAAAUAAAAAGGUUUCAUUAUGUCCAAAAGCAGCUAUCUUGGUAUUUCAAUUGCUUCUGAUGGGUGCCUUGAUCAGAUCACCAAAAAACUAAUAGUCAUAGACCUGCUAUGCUUGUAGACUUUCUUUUCUCAAUGUGUAAAAUUUUGAUGCUCUCAAGAGGUAUCAUGGGAUAUGUUUUCUUAAAUUUCAUGUACAUCUGAAUGAGUCAAAAUUUGAUAGAAACAGUGCUGUUCUCCAAGUAUUAUCAAAUGACUUAUAUUAAGGCAACAAAGCACACAAGUAAAAGAAGUCUUUAGAAGGUACAAAUGACUGUUUGGGUUCAUUUAAGUAGCAACUCGAUACUUAUCUUCACCAUUUGUUUUCCAGUGGAUAUCUUUGGCCAGUUCAAAUUGAAUGUCAUUCAUUUUUAGCCCAACUGUGUGUCCUCCUUUCACACUAGUAUGAAUCUCUAACUUCCCUAAGUAUUCCAUCACCAUGUUGUUUGACAGCUACAGUGAAUGUUUGAAACACAGUAUAAUCUAACUGUAAAUUAAUGACCUAAGUCCAUCACAGAAAGCUGGUAGCAAUUUAAAGUAAAAAUUAUGUUCAAAACAAUACGACUGGGAAUUCUAAAAUAAUUUGUUGUCCAAAACUUUAAAAAAUAUGUCACUCUUAGAGAUGCUAAAUUCCUGGAUGGUGCCAGUUUGCUGACCUUGAGCAGCUUGCAUUAAUAUUUGCAUGAAUGUAAUGUGAUAAAUAUUAUUUUAUUAAUGUUAAGCAGGCUAAACAAACUAUUUUCAGUUACAUCACAUAACAACAGAAAAGUGAAACUUGAACCUUUAAGCCCCAAUAACGACCUCCAAUCAAGCAGAGGUCAAGAGAUUACCAGUGGCUAAGCUUCUUGAUAUUUCAGCAACCUCUGUAUAGUGCUACUACGAAAAAUGUACACCUAAUAGCAGUUAAGGGAAAUUUUAUCACUGGGGCUUAAAGGGUAUAUUCCAGGACUUUCACUCAACUAAACAGGGACUGCCAUUGGUUGAUUCUUGGUCAUGUGGCCUUGACUAAAAUCAAAUGUAUCCCGAUCGUGAUACAUUAAGCAAUGUACCCCGCUCGGGCGACAUUGCAGCACGUGAUCAAAGCAUGGAAAGUGGCAUAUGACAAAAGGUGGGAAAAACACUGCCAGGUCCUACCAGUUUUCUUUUUCUCGAAUGAACACAACAACACCAAACAUGAAGCCUCAAGCUAAAAAGCAACGAUUUUUAAACUUAUCCAAGAAGUUCCCAGAAGAAAAACAGCAGCUAGUGGAAGAAAAUGAUGCAGAUAAUAUAAGGAAGGUACUUUGUAAAUCAUUCAUUCAGUGGUUUCAAGAAUUAAAGGUGUGUUGUUAUAAGUACAAAGUCGACUGUUUUGCUUCGCUCCGGUUAUUCUUUUGUUGCUGUUGAAGUGAAAGUCUAGAAAUAUAACAAAACACUUAAUGUCAGGUCCCUGAGGAAACCAGUUAGUUUUGUUUUCCCUCGAGUCCUGAUGUUUCCCGCGACUUCGUCGCGGGAAACAUCAGGACUCUUGGGAAAACAAGACUCACUGUUUCCCUCAGGAUCUGACAUUAAGUGUAUAAUAUGGCCAUAUUGUUACUAAUAACAAAGUUAUUGCCAGCAGCCUUUUUCUUCUUAAUUCUACCCUACUAUAACAGCUUAACUUACUUGAAAGUCCCCUUUCAUGUACUCAUUAUCGAUAAUUCUUGUGGCCAAAUUCUCUUAUUCUAGUGGCAAGUAUAACAGCAUUUGUGUAUCAAUACAGCAUUUUUACUUUGUGUUUCAUUGUUUAGGGGGCACAACUUUAGAGAAGACUACAGAAAACUAGGAACACUUUCCUCGGUAUUCCCCACAGCUAAGAUUGUUGCCAUGACAGCAACAGCGACAAAGGAAUAUCAAACAAGCAUUAUGAAAAGUCUGAACAUGAAAGAUCCAAACUUGUAA